AUGACAGGAUGGUCUCGUGUCUGGCAGCUUCGAACAUCCUCUGCUCCCGCUGUUUGGUCCGAAUCUCAAGAUAUCUUAAAGAUGAACGAUGGAGGAAGCGCGGUCGGCAUCGCGGUCGCUCCUUACCUGACAGGUCCCCAGCCAGGCUCUUACAGCAACAAUUUUGCACUCUGCAGCCGCGUCGCUGCAGCACCAUUCCCAACCUCGAUUUUUUGUGGGGGCGAGAGCUUGAGAUAUGAGGAUAUGGAUGGUGUCGUACUUGAUAGGCUUGUUCGUUCCACGCAUCACACGCCCGCACCCUUUGGUCCUUAUUUCAAUGUUCAAUCGUGGAAGAUUAGCAGGCUGUUGCCCCACACUCGAUUGUUCGGCGGCGUGAACCCUGGCUCGACAUUGCAAACAAUUUUCGGAACGGACGCGCUUCACACGACUCGAAUCUCGACUCUUGAGGCCUCUCUAUACGCGAUCUGCGUAGCUCCACCUCGCCCUCCUGCAGCACUCCCCCAUUUAUGGUUCGUUCCGUUCAGCUCUGCAAAUGAGACGCCAUUUGAGUAA